UUCCUCCAUUUCCUGUUAUGCGUCCAGAGUUGGACAGGACAAUCCUCUAGUCCACAAUAUGAAAUAAAUUCCGCUCUGUGGAUGAAUGACGCUAGGUUUUUAUUUGUUGUUUCCCAGAGGUGUCGUUGAUGAGCAUGCGAUGGGUCACGCAGAUGGCAGCUUCUGCUGUCGCACCUGAUGUCAUGACGCUAUUGGUAUUUCCCAUGACAACCGUGUAUCGGGUCCAGUAAAUAUUCAGGAGCCACCAUGCCUAUCACACUGCUGUGGGCCGUGGAUGUGUAUGGUAGAGUGUACAGCCUCUCCACAGCUGGCCAGCGCUGGGUCCGCGCUGAUGACCUGCUGCUGGAGCUGAAGCGCGUCACUGCAGGCAAGGGACGCUGCUGGGGCAUCGGGUGCGAUCACCACAUCUAUCUGAACAUAAUGCCCAGUGAGACUUCCAUCCGCUACCGGGAGGAGACCUAUGAGAACCAGAGAUGGAACCCAGUGGACGGCUUCACUGACGUCUUGCUGCCCACCGACCGCUGGCCCUGGAGCGACGUCACCGGGAUGAAUCCACAGCCACUCCACAGCUUCCAGCUGCCGUCCCGCAGCUGGGAGUGGGAAGGUGACUGGUAUGUGGAUCAGAGCUGUGGAGAACCCAGCCAGACUGGGGGCUGGGAGUACGCUGUGGAUUUUCCAGCCAACUUCUCCCCAGACAAGAAGUGGAACUCCUGCGUCCGCCGUAGACGAUGGAUUCGUUACAGAAGAUACACAGCACAAGGCACAUGGGCAAAGAUCCCUUUGGAUGACCCUAAGAAGCCCCCGCUGCCACUCUGUGACAUCAGCUGUGGUGGCUGGGAGAUGAGUGACCAGUCAGGGAGGUACCCAUACCUCUGGGGCGUGUCACAGCAAGGGCAGGUGUGGUUCAGGGAGGGAAUCCACCCCCGAGUGCCAGAGGGUACCAGCUGGGAGGAGGUGGAGGUCCCCAAAGAAGUGGCUCAGUUAUCAGCCGGCCCUGGGGAUCUUCUGUGGGCUUUGCUGUGGGAUGGAAACCUGUUGGUUCGUACAGGCCUCAGUCUGGACAGCCCAACAGGUACCUCCUGGUUGGAAGUGGAGUCGCCCUCAAAGGAGGUGGAGGCUCUUCACGUGGCCGUCGGAGUCAGCGUUGUGUGGGUGGUCACAAAGGACUAUAAGGUGUGGUUCAGGCGUGGCGUAAACUCCCACAACCCCUGUGGAUCUGGCUGGAUCAGUAUCGGAGGGGAGAUGAUGAUGGUGGACGUGGGACUCAAUGACCAGGUUUGGGCCGUUGGUGAGGAUCGUGGGUUGUAUUUUAGGAUGGGUGUGACCCAGGCUGAGCCGAGUGGAAAUGGCUGGAUCCCUGUUUCUGCCCAGUGGGGCACCAAUAAAGAGCUUAUUCCACCCAGGGAUGAGUGUGAGUUUAGUGGCCACCCGGCUGAGACUUCACAAGGCCCUGCACCAAGUGGCGCUGAUUCAGACUCGGAGUUGGGUCCGACUAACUCAGAGCACAGCGCUACUCCUAUACUGGAAGCAGCAGCUCCCUCUAUCGUCCCAUUGGGGGGCGGCGACACAUUUGCACCUCCUCAGGAGGUAAAAGAACCGUCCUCAGCCUCUCAGCAAGAUGCUCCAAAAGCAUUCAUCCCAGCCAGCGACAGCUUCAUCAACAGCCUGGUGUCAGACCGCGACCGAAUCUCCACAACGCAGCCGUCCAUCACCGAGAUGCCGCAGGAAAACGGCGUGGAGAUGCCUCCAGCUCCGGUGCUUCCCACCCUUCCAACCACUGGGCACGACGUUCCCUUUAUGAACGUGGACCUAGAAGGGGCGGGGACGGCUCGGAGCGCACAAGCAGCAGGGUGUUCACUGAGCGACGUCCUGGGAACCCUGGAGAACUCGCAGUGCAUCGGGGAAGAGGAUGGACCCGUGUGGGCUUGGGUGUCCGGUGGAGGAUGCGAUGUGGAUGCAAGUUCCCGGAUCAGCUGGCUCAGUUCCACAGGUCCUCUCAAUAGUUCCCUGUCUCUGACUCCGGUGCAAUCAGCAGCCUGGAGCGAGCAGCCUCAAAAGCAGCAACAUCAAGAGAUCACUAGGAAACCUUUGGAGAGAAGCAACUCGGUGUGGGUGCGUAAAGGGGCAUUGCGCUGGUGGAGAGACUGGAAGCCACAGCGCUGGAUGGAUGUAGGUGUUGCUCUUGAGCAAUCCACCAAGUCAGAUGGGAAGAAGGACAGCAUCUUCUUUGUCUAUUACACUCAAUAUGAUGAGAAAAAGUACCUUCAGGUGUUCAUAAACGAAGUGACGGCGCUGGUACCGGUUCUGCAAGACUGCCACUACACCUUUGCCGUGUACACAGCCGAAAGAACUAAGCAAAGAUGGCCACUGAUACUGGCAGCGCCAUCAGAGAAGGAAAUGAAUGACUGGCUGGAGCUGCUGUCAGACUGUUGCUGUGAGUGGCGAGGGAUUGCUGGGGCUCCGACCAGACAGGCGCUGUGGUCCACCACCUCCAAGGGAGACAUCAUGGUACACGAGCCGCCCCUCUCUUUGGAGGCUGCGGCUCACCCUAUGGCCUGCGACCUUAUGUUUUGGUGCCAGAUCCCAGGCCACCUGCGCUGCGUAGAGUCUAACAGUCUGGGGCUGGUAUGGGGCAUCGGGUGGGACGGCACUGCCUGGGUCUACAGCGGGAGCUUUGGGCAACAGCCCAGCUCGGUCAACCCUGAGAUUCACUUACAGACUGAUGUCAAGAGUGUACAUGUGUAUGAGAAUCAGCGAUGGAACCCAAUGACUGGUUACACUGACAAAGGACUUCCUACCGAUCGCCACAUGUGGAGUGAUGAGAGCGGCCUAAAGGAAUGCACCAAAGGCAGCACAAACCCUCCGACCCCUCAGUGGUCCUGGGUGUCGGAGUGGGCUGUGGAUUUCAGCGUUCCUGGAGGAACAGACAAAGAAGGCUGGCAGUACGCUGCAGACUUUCCCACGACAUUUCACGGCCACAAAACCAUGAAGGACUUUGUGAGGCGCCGGAGAUGGACAAGGAGGUGCAAGAUAACAGUGAGAGGUCCGUGGAAGAUGGUGCCACCGAUCCAUCUCAGCGACAUCUCUCUGAUGCCGUGUCUGGCCCAGAGCAAAAUGGAGCAGGUUCCCUUGUGGGCCCUCAGUGACAAAGGAGAUGUCCUGUGUCGGCUGGGCGUGAGUCCUCAGAACCCCGCGGGUAGCUCCUGGCUUCAUGUAGGCACAGAUCAGCCGUUUAAGUCUAUCUCCAUUGGAGGAGCCAAUCAGGUGUGGGCCAUCGCGAGGGACGGAGCUGUGUUCUACAGAGGAUCCGUGUCUCCACAAAACCCUGCAGGAGAAUGCUGGUACCACAUCCCCUCUCCUCCGAGGCAGAACCUCAGACAGCUCUCCGUCGGUCGGACUUCUGUGUUUGCUGUCGAUGACAACGGUAACCUGUGGUACAGACAGGGCCUCAUGCCCAGCUACCCUCAGGGCUCUGCGUGGGAGCUCAUCUCAAACAAUGUCACCAAGGUGACUGUGGGACCACUUGACCAGGUUUGGAUCAUCGCAGACGGAGUUCCAGGUUUUCCUACUGAGACUCCUGGAUCCGUCUGCCACAGGCUGGGUGUGGGGCCCAUGACACCCAAGGGUCUGUCCUGGGACUACGGCAUAGGGGGAGGAUGGGAGCACAUCAGUGUGAGGGGAAACUCAGCGGAGCCUCUUCGGGGGCCCGCCCCUCCUCCUGGCGGCCCCUCUCGUAGCCCCGCCCUCCAGCGACCUGCGGCUCAAGCGAACGGGAGAGCCGUGUGUGUGUAGCACCUCUACAGUCCCUCCUUAGCCCCCCGGCCCUCUUUGUGCCUGGAAAUCCGUUUGUUUCCUCGGACCUAUUCUUCAUUCCUUUCACGUAAAGGGACUGCACAAUCGUAAAACAGACUUUCUGACUAAGCAUUUCGGUCGGAUUUGUUCGAUGGAUGAAUGUUACAGCAGGGUUGAUUUGCACAAGAAGAAAUAUCUCAGUAAGAUGGAGGAACGUAAUCUACAAAAAAAAUAAUAAUAUGGCUCUCUUGAUGUCUCUUACGACUUUUUUUUUUUUUUUUUUUCCAAAACAAAGGCAAAUGCAAGUUGAUCCGACCACUGGACUGAAGCAAUAGCUUGUAUGCAUAUUUACAGCCUCCUGUGAAAACCUGGGAGGGUGAGAUUUUAUUUAAGGGCUACACUUUGUUUUUUAACGAACAUCAGUGUAACCUGGUUUUUAAUUUUACUCUCAUUUUUGAUUGACUUACUCAUCAAAACUCUGUUUGCAUUUCAUUUUAAAUUAUUUACUAUGCAUUGUUGGAAUACGUUUCCGUUAUCUUGUCCGGCUGUUUGUGGUUGCAGUGCUUACAGACAGCGUGUUUUUUUUUUUUUUUACUAUACAGAUUGAAACAUCUCAGUCUUUACCAUCAGAGGAUUACCUCCCCACCCUUUUGCAAUAAGUACAUGUUCCUGUUAAUACACACACCAAUUCAUAAAACAACGACCGUGACUGUUAACACCACAGCGGCUGUUGGCGUCAUCAUGAUGUUAUAAAGGGUAUUGAGAUGUGAAAUAAAGACUUAAAGUACUGUUCUAUCA